GGCGGAGCCGCUCCGCUGGCGGCUCCGGCGCUCGGCGGCGGCCGGGCACGGGGCGAGCUCGGCAGCGGGAGCCGCCGGGAGAGAUUAAUGGGAAGAAAAAGUGGAUAAAGAGGGAACCUGGAGGAGUCCAGCACCCAUCAGUGAAGGUUAGGAGAGAGCUGCGUGAACUGUCCCAGCACAAGAAGGUUGACCAUCCUGGAUCCCUUCUGUAGGGACCUCAAGCAAGGAUCCUGACUGAUGCGUGUUCAGUACGACCCAACUUCUUGAGGCAAACAAGCAGUUUUCUGAAGGCCUGUCCCCUCGAAGCAGCACACAGGACAAGCUUGGCAACAAAGAGAUAUAUGGGAUACACAGACGAUUAAAGACUAGAAAAGACUCUGCUACAAGUCCCAAGAUUUGCAAAGGAAGAAUUGGAUCAAGCAGCCUGAAGACCAUGGAGGGAGACUGUCUGAGCUGCAUGAAGUACCUGAUGUUUCUUUUCAAUUUCUUUAUAUUCCUGGGAGGAGCGUGCCUGCUGGGAGUUGGGAUCUGGGUCAUUGUGGAUCCAACAGGUUUUCGAGAGAUAGUGGCUGCCAACCCUCUGCUCUUCACCGGAGCAUACAUCAUGCUGGCUAUGGGAGCGAUGCUCUUCCUUCUGGGUUUCCUCGGCUGCUGCGGUGCCAUCCGUGAGAACAAAUGCCUCCUGCUUUUUUUCUUCAUGUUUAUUUUGUUAAUCUUCCUGGCGGAGCUCUCAGCUGCAAUCCUGGCUUUUAUCUUCAGAGAAAAUUUGACGAGAGAGUUUUUCACCAAGGAGCUGAAGAAACAUUACCUGAGGAACAACGACACAGAUGUCUUCUCUGCCACCUGGAACUCUGUCAUGAUCACGUUUGCCUGCUGUGGAGUGAAUGGACCAGAAGAUUUUGAAGCUGUCCCCCAUCUUCCGAACUCCUCUUUUGAAGAGGCAACACCAGAGGCUUGUUGCCAGCGAGAACUCCAGAGCCGGGAAGGGAUGUUUGUUAACAAGGAAGCCUGCCUCACAGGCAUCGAGAGAUUUCAGAACCGACAGGGCUGCUACACCGUGAUCCUGAACUCCUUUGAGACCUACGUGUACCUUGCAGGAGCCCUUGCCAUCGGAGUGUUGGCCAUCGAGCUGUUCGCCAUGGUCUUUGCCAUGUGUCUCUUCCGAGGGAUCCAGUAAGAGGCGGCCUGUGAACCACCACAUUCCCCACAUGCUCAGAAGAAAGAAGGAAAAUCAGAAGAAACAAAACCUGAAAACAUCCAAAAAACUUUAUUUUUUUUAACAAAACGGGGUAGGGGGGAAAAAAGGAAAAAAAAAAAAAAAAGAGGGUUGUAAUAUAUGAAUGACCAAAAGGAUUGUACUUCAGGGGCUGGAACUUUGAGGUGAUGUGCACUACACUGUACACCAGACCCUUGCCCAGAGCCACCCGCAGCAGCCGUGGAGCAAGAGCCCAGCGCAGCUGAUUGCACUAACGAUGGACAGAGCCUGCAGAGGGGAGCGGGAGGAGGAGCACAACUGCCUCUCCUGCUUGUCAGCGCAAGGCUGUGCCUGCUGGUUGCAACUUUAUCAUGCUUUUUAGACACAAAGGACUGAAGAACAGCAACGCAGGGGCUGGAUAAGGCAGCAGGUUGGCCGAAGUCUGUGACUGCCCAGGUGGGUUUGAAAACAAGUGGUGGUGGUGGCGGCUCCUCUAAGAAACAGGCAGUUGUUGCUUGCACGAUUCUGGUUUUAAUUCCCAGCCACAAAAUGAAAACACACAUGCUUCAGUGGAAGCUUUGCCCCUAUCACCUGAAACUUGUCAGAGAAGUCAAACACUUCAGUGAGUCUGGCUUUUCUCUGGAGCCUCAAGCAGGGGCACAGUGGUCUCGCGUAGAAAUGGGACUUGUCUAAGGCUGGCUGAUGGUCAAGAAUUUGGUGCCUACCUUUCUGCUUUUAGAUUUACUGUUUGUUGUUGGGAAAAAGAGCAAGUGGUUACCUGCUGUGUUCCCAUCCCCUGGGAAAAAUGGUGGCUCUGGUCAAGAUUAGCCGAUACUGAUGCCUUCCUGAGAAGGGGAGGAAAUAGCGUUUAAACCUUGUCAUCCUUUGCCUUUCACUUUGUACUUGCAAAAAAAAAAUAGUUCGUGGUGCUCUGUUAGCAUAGAUACAUGCAGUGGACUCCUACAUGCUUUCCUGCCCCAAAGGGAGUUCCAGGCACGGUGCUGGAUGGGAGAGGCUGAGGUUUGUCAGCCACUCCCCUGCUUCUUGCCUUAAAUCGCCUUGGGGCAUCAUUUCUGCUCAGGAGAUUUCCCCUGAGGUUUUCCCAUGGGCUCACAAGGAAAGCGUCAAGUCAGAGUUGUUUCAGCCUGUGUGUUAGUCGAGAGCAUUUCCUCACUUGACAGAGUUGUUAUCUACCUGAUUGUUUGGAAGUGAACCUGAGAAACGUGCCUGGGAGUGGGCAUUGGUCAGAGGCUGGGGUGGUGCUGAGGCCCCAGACUGGGUCUGAGAGCACUUCUGGAAGCCUCAGCCCCUGUUGGCUUCAUUAUUCACGAGCUCACUCCCUGACCUCAAACUCUGUGGUCCCCCCCUAAGCUCAGCGAGGCUGUUUUCCUGUUUAGCUCAGGCCUUUUCACAGUUGCAGAUUGAGGAGUGCUUUUAGAGUUAACCAGCCCCUCCGAGAGCUGUAACCACUGGCAAGGGUUACAGAGGGGGAAGGCAGCAGGGCUCUGCGUCCUUGGAGCCUGCCCAGGGUCACCGUGCCGAUACCCGUGCAGAGGCUGCAAGGCAGGGUGGCAGGCAGCGGAAAGACUGGUCCGUAGUAAACAGAGCUCCUGGCUAAAUAUCCAGGUUGGAGAAUUGGGGAUACGAAGGAAGAGGAAAGAGGCGUGAGAGCUUUUCUGGGUUUCAUUUGAGAACAGCAAUUUGCUCAGCAGCAGGAGAGGGCCCGGGCCGGUAGAGCAGCAGCCCCCCUGCGCUGCCGCGAGCAUAAUGCAGCAACAGAGUGAGGCCAGGAUUGCUGAGUGGCCUCAGAUGUUGCCUUAAACCUCGUGGAAAGCUUUUCUGAACGAUUUCCCUCUAGACCCGUUUUCAAUGAUGCAUUUUAGCAUUAAAUUCUGGUCUGUUGUUUAAUGAAGGAAAACAAUUUUGCUAGCCAAAAAGCAGCAGUGUUUGUACCCAACAGCAGGUGCUGCUCUUAAGAUAGGGAAAAUCUGUUGCAUAUACUGAUCUUACAGGGAACGGGCCGCCACACGAGCCAAACUCGAACAGAGGAAAGCUUAGCUGUUCUGCUUCUGCCUCAGGAGCUAGUCAGUGAUUGUUCACAAGGGAGGAACAAAACCGUGAGCAGAGACAGUAACUUGGAUGGAGGUGAGCACGAAAAGCAAAAAUGCCACCCCAUCACCCCUCCAGGUCUUUUUUUUUUUAAUCAUUUGUUUUGAAAAGUUCUGGCUGUCUUGGGGCAGAGCCUGGAAGGAAAACACCUCGAUUUAUGCAGGGUGGGGGGGGGAGGGGGGGUGAAGUUAAAAUCAACAGCCUUUUUUUUCAUGACCAGUAGCGUGGGGGAUUAACACUCAGAGCAGCCAGCGCACUGAGGCAUAACUGUACAAGACUGAGGUAGGAUCGCUACAGGCUUAUUUUUCCUUGGCUUUCCUAAUUCUGUACGAUUUCCUCUGUUUUUAGCUCUUUCACAUCCCCUCUCUCCCUAAGGGCUGUCCCUCUGUCUUCAAAAGAUCCUUUGUUCUUCUACCGUUCUGGCGUUUGCACAGUUGCUUCCCCUCUCUUACCUUGUCUGGUCCCCCUUCUGCUCUUUUCUGGAUGAAGGCUUCACCUCCUCUCCACAGCUGGCUGGCGUACCCCUGGGAACACAGCCUGAAACCAAAGCACAGGCCAGGCAGCACAUCUUAAACAAGAGGUGGAAAUUGCUGUAAAGAUCCACACAAAUCCGAGAGGACCUGUGGAAGUAGGUAACGGGCGGGAGGAAUUUCUCCCCGGGGAAUUUAAUGAACAAGCAAGCCCAGAAACUAGACUGCUGUAGUACGGCAAAGCAUGUAAAUUAGUUGGUUUUGUCCAGUGGUUACGUGGCUGCCCCCUCUGUUGUACAGUAGCUUUUUCUCUUUCCAGAGCAGUAGGCAGGAGAAACAACUGUAUGUGUGUAUUUGUUUUAACAGCUGUUGGUGAGCUUGUUGGGCUCAGGGGCUCAAGGGAGAGAGCCCCUGCUUGCUGGAAAGCUCUGGGUGGGCCAGGGACCAGAGGGAGCUGCUGGCUCCUCUGCUGUAGCACUGUGACCACAGCCCAUGCACCUUGGAUGUAGUUCGUGGAGAGCAGUCUGUGCCUGGGAGCCCACGGCCCCUCUGCGCCCCCCUGCCUCCCGGCUGUUAUUUAAUGCUCAAACGACCGUCACCAACGCCUGGGAAAGGGCUGCGUGUGAAAUAAUGAUGUUUGAAAUCUAUUUUAAAAAACUGUAAAUGUUCUUUUUAUUAGAUAGUGGAGCUUAUUUAUCCCGUAUUCCCUACUGUAAUGCUUUUUUUAUAUUGAAAGGAUUUUUUUUUUUUGGUAAUAUAAACCAGAACACAAGCCUGAAGCACUCUCUGCACGGUUUUUGUGUGCGUUUCUUAAAAAAAUAAAAGAAAAGAAAUAAAAGAAAGAUAUUGUGACAGUGAA